AUGACCGAUUCACAGUUUAACACCCCGAAAAAGUUCCUGAACGAGUACUACGGCUCACUUUGUUCCUCCUACCAGAGCAUCAUUCCGUUCUACGACCCUGCAUCGCAAAUAAGCAUAUCACACGAGGACAAUGUUGCAGCGUUGUCCAACACGAAUAUCAUGGAAAGAAUGCUCGGUCUUCAUCAUAAGAAGAAGGUUAUAAAGGUGCUUGUAUCAUGUUUUGAGUAUCAUAUGCUCUCAGCACACGACUUUCUUAUGUGUGUGCUGGGGCAGUUCGUUUACCAUGACAACUCGACCGUGAGAUUCAGUCACACGUUUAUUGUGGACUGUUCUAACAUGUUUGUCAUAAAAAAUGAGAUUUUGAAAGUGCUGGAUGAGGAGAUCAUCUACAAGGCCAUCGACUUUAAAGAGAAGGUGAACAAUGCUAGCAAUACUAUACGAAUUGUAAGGGGACAGGAUAAGAAUAGAAGCAAGCUGGUGGUAGAUUUUGCGAAAUAUGGUAAAUUGAUGGCAGUAGAAGUAGAAAAAAAUGAUAUUUUGAUUGAGUACGAGGAUGAGGAAAUGGUGAAGAACCUGGUGAACGAUGUAUCAUUUAUUAAAAGCAAAGGAUACAAAGUAGAGUUUAAUUAA